GACGCUUCGGAACUCUGUGCCCUGUGCCGCAGACGCCACGCUGCGAAUAAUACACUUGGCUACUUCGCUCGGUCUGACAAUAUCUCCUACUUUGCCCAGCCAUCACGAAUGUUCCUGUUAGUGAAUCCUGCGCUUCCAGAGGAGCGCUGAAAGGUGGGGACAGAGCAGCAUAGUCUUCUUCGGCCUCCGGACCCUACCAGCUGAAAAGCCAAAAGCCAAAAUACAUUAUUCUCGCGAGAAGAGAGAUGAUGGAUCGCUCAGUCGACCUUCAACGCAAAAGCUUACUCCAAGCUCACGAACUUUUGUGAUCCACUCGACGAUAUCAGCACACGGUCACCGUUUCCGAACAGGAUUGGAUCUGAAUUGGAGCUGAAUUGGAGCAGCCUGAAGAUCUUGAAAGAUCGACUUCCAGUGCGUCACGCAUGAUAUUCUGGUGCUUGAAGCAGGAUCUGGAGGCAGAAGUACCUGGUGCUGGUGAUGGCGGCGGCAUUGGGUGGGAAGCUGUGCAGAUGGUAGAUAAUUCUCGAGUAGGCUAGGCCGGAUCAACCACUUUCCCUCUCCAAAAGGAAUCCACACGGAGAGAGUUUGGCAACUAAAGAUGGAUCUGUACCCGGAGGAGCUUCGCACACCACCAAUGGCCUUGGUUGCGUUGGUUGGAAUGCCAGAAUUGCAUUCCGCAGUCUCCAUGUCUCUGCAGAAGGAAGAACCACCUCUGAACACAUUGGCAAUACCGGAUUUUUCUAGAAUUUCGAUCAUAGGAGGCAAGGAGAGAAAGGCACCAGACGCAAGGAUGCCCCCUCCAGUAGGUAUUCUCAAAGCAGAUUGGCUUGCCAAACACCGCACAAGGUCUGCUGCUGUACUGGCUAUCCUCUUGGCCUGCGAUCAGGUCUAUGGAGACCAUUCACAGUGGCUUCAAAUCUGCUCCCAUAUUGACUCCGUCAAGAGUGUUAUCCGUGGAAGGAAUACGAAGCUUGUUAUAGCCGUUGUCCAGCCGUCACUCAGAGGAGAGAUGAAUGAAACCAGGAUGACAGUUCUGAGAAAGCGUGCAGAAUUAGACUCAAGGACCUGUUUCGUUUUCAUUUCUCAUGAUCCAGGCGAGCUUAAACGCUCGCUGCUAAGGUUCGGGAGUUUAAUGGGUGAAUUAGCCGGUCAAUAUUACAAGGAGGAAGGUCGCAGAAUUCAAAAUCGGAUCGAGAGGAAGUCCUAUAGCUCUUUAGAGUUGAGUGUCCGUUAUAGUUUUAAGGUUGCGGUCUAUGCAGAAUUCCGGAGAAAGUGGGUGAAAGCUCUCAAAUUCUAUGAAAUAGCCUACUCUCUCCUGCAGGAGGUCAUCAAAGCCCACAUGGAGCUCCUACCAAUCCAAAGAACUGUGGAGUUCAAAGCCGUCGCCGAGCACCUUCAUUUCAAAAUUUCAACUUUACUCCUCCACAGCGGCAAGGAAGGUGAAGCUGUCAAGUGGUUCAAGCAGCACAUCGUCCGUUACAAGUGCUUAAUUGGUCCUCCAGAAGGUGCUUUUUUGCACUGGGCCUGGGUAUGUAAGCAGUUUCAAGUGUUCGCGGAACUGCUUGAUAACAGUUUGGCUACUGCCUCUCUACCACCAGCCUCCGGACAGUCAACAGGAACCCCAGUAACAGUUCGUGAGCUACAACCCGGCUACUAUCUUCAGGUAGCAGCAUCCUACAUGGUCUUGAGGAGACGAUUCUUUGAGUCAGCCUUUGCGACUAUCCAAGCGUUUGAAGAAGAAGGCGGUGUUGACUAUCUGGCUGGACCUCCAGAAGACAUCGGUCCACCGCUUUUCAUUGGACAAGCAUCUCGCUUAUUAAAACGUGGCAACACCUUUGAUGUGCAGAGGCCAACAGAAGCAGAGUUUAUGAGGCAUGUCAUUUCUGUGGAGAAGGUCUUUGCUCACUCGAACGAAACAAUACGUCUUCUACGGAGGGCGCAGCAUCAUUUCAAGCAGAUACAAGCAGUUCGAAUGAUCAAUGAGCUUGGUAGUGAAAUAGGACGAGAAUACUAUAAUUCUCGGGAUUAUGUUAAGGCAAAGGGUCUAUUUGAUAGUGUUGCAGGAAUGUACAGAACAGAAGCAUGGGUUGCAGUUUUAGGUGCAACCCUUGGAUACUUAAGAGAAUGUGCCCGACAACUGGGACAGCUGCAAGCAUACGUUGAAUAUGCCUUAGAGCUUGCAUCGCUCCCUGUUCCUGCAACGUAUGGUCAAGAUGAGCAACACCUUGUGGUCUCUGGCCCAGAAGUAGGUCCAGCUGGUCCGUUGAGCCAGUUUUUGAGAGAGCAGGUUCACAAAGAGGUUAUCGGUUUGAUGCAGGGAACGACAUCGGUGUUGCCAGCUCGAGAGGAUGAAAAUGGAAUGGCUGUGACGUCUCAGCAGCCAGUGGCCCUUGACGUUGAUCUUUUGAGCCCACUGAGGAUAUUCUUAUCAGCUUCUGUCGUUUUCCACGAGGAAAUUGUGAAACCAGGAGUGCAGACAUAUAUGACAUUGUCUCUUCUCACGCAUUUACCGUUGAGCGUGGUGCUUUUGGAGCUCGAAGUGCACUUCAAUCAGCAGGAGUGCAGCUUUGUUGUUAAAAACAGCAAAAUUGCUCUCGAGGAAGAACAAGCGGCAUCUACAGAGAGCUUGCCUGUGAAAUACCACUGCGACCUGGAGUUGGAGCCGAACAAGUGGAAGAGAUUAAUAGUCGAUAUAAUUCCUCAUUUCAGCGGAAAGCUUGAUUGCUUAGCCGUGGUGGCCCGAUUUGGACCUCAUGCCACAGCGAAAUGCCAAGUUGACGGCCCGGCUUUCCGUGAUGGAAAUCUUCUAUGGAACUAUGAGCCCGUACUGGACACUUCACCUGUCAAGCCGAACAACCUCGCUUACUUUGGGAAGAAAACACUGCUCGUGGAAGAAGCGGAACCCCUCGUGCAAGUUGAGUUAUUAGCCUCAGGUCCGGGGUUGGUUGGCGAAGCCUUUCCUGUGCAAUUAGUUGUAACGUCAAGGGGCCAUGCUUUGGAGCGUGGAGAAAUGGAUGUGUAUCUUGGUUCCUCAGACCUCUCACCUGCUGCGAAAGUAGGCGAUAAAUUACCCCUUAUCACUGCCAUGUCAGGUCCUUCACCUCCAGAACUCCUCUGUGCCGGUGCACAAGGCGAUGAGGCGUACAUCGAGUUUUCUGGUCAUGUACAAAUACCUUUCCUGGGACCAGAUGAGAAGUGGAAUACAACGGUGUACUUGAGAUGGGCUGAGCCCAAGGAUGUGAACUUGAUGGCUCUUCUAUAUUAUCAAAUGAAAGAGAGCCUAUCGAUCGAGGAAGAAGGUACCCCAGCUUCACGUCGUCGGGUGCAGAAAAUUCUCCAUCUGCGGUGUGAGGAAGCACUGGAUGUAUCCUGCCAGUACUUCUCUCGCUUUAGAACGGAUGCCUUGCUACCAGGUUCUCUUGCUGCUGACCAGCCUCGACCAGUCAUAACCCUGCCCCUGGACGAAGCUAGUAUACUCGUUGUCACAACGAAGAAUUCCUCUACCCUCGCUGUGAAUCUACGUUCCAUUAAUUUAGCGCUCGAGACUGUCGAAUCGUGGUCGGUCAGGAAGUCAGGAUCUGGUGGCGAUUCUGGAGGUACACUUCUCUCACCCGGAGAAGUCCAUGAACAGCUGUUUUAUGUCCGUCCGUUGGUUCCUUCCUUAGCUCCUUACGUUGGAAAAAUUGAGAUCCUUUGGCGUAGAGAACAGUCCCAUGACACUGGUGACUCAUCCCAAGCUGCACCGAAUCCUGGCACUCCCGUGUGCAGGAGCUUCUUGCUCGCUCCGGUGGUUGUUGAAUCUCCUCCCCUGGUUGUCACAUUCAAGUGCCCACCUCAUGCCCUUUUGGGUGAACCUUUCGUGUGUUCCAUGAGCAUACAGAACAUGACGACCAGCCUCCAAGAAGUAUCCUUCUCAGUGUAUGAUACUCAAAGUUUCAUAUUUGCCGGGGCUCACAGUGAUACGUUCUCUGUACUCCCGAAAUCCACGAACUCACUUUCUUACAAACUUGUUCCAAUUGCCUCCGGAAUGCAACAGCUGCCACAAGUUAGGUUCACUUCCACACGCUACAGCGCAGGAUUCCAGCCCUCUGCUUUGAGCACUCAACUUUUUGUUCAUCCUGCUGCCUUUGGUUUGAAUCCUCAAAAGACGUGUCAGCCGGAUCCCGAGAAGCCGGAAAUUGCCGUGGCCAACUGAGGGCUCUAAAGGGCAGCUUCCGAGAGACACUAGCUGAUGUACUCUGAGUGCGUUCUAGGAUGUUAAGGUACGCAUUUCAGAAAUUGGUCAGAUUAGUACUGCGACAUAGAUACACAUUCCAGAGUCUCUGAGUCACCCACGAGUUAUGGGUAUAUACAAGCAUUUGAUUCAGGCUUCUCAUCUGAGGUCGAUUGCGAUGUGCAUGGUCAUAUGAUACCAUUAAGUUCAUCAUUUCAUUCAGCCCUUCGUUCCGCGCCCUCCUACCCUUGUCUAAGCGGCCUGGAUGCAGUUUGGAACAUAUUUCUUGAAGGUCUGUCGAGCACGAACUUGUGUCCUCUUAUCAGAGGCCACAAGUUCACAGACCUCCAUUGGCUUCACUGGUACGGGUGCAGACCCAAGGCUGUAUCCGAAAGAGGAAAGUAACUAAGCGCCGGAAUACAUUCUUUUACAAGCAGAUGGAAUGACAGAGUAUACAGAGAAGUUUAAUAAAUACUAGUAGAUUCUAUGUGCCAACCUGAGGUAAACGCAACUGCUAAGGUAUGCUCAUUAGUCGAGGACGAGCAGCCAGCAACUCGACCACACCACACGCCAAACACAGACGACUUCUUUUAUGAAAUAGCAUUUUUACAAAAAGGAAUGAUGUAGAGCUAAAAGUACACCAUCACCCCUAU